AGCGCUACCAGGCUCGCACUUAUUUCCCCAAGUAAAACCAACCGGUGUUUUAUGUAAGCAUUAUUAAAAACAGUAGAAAAGCAUGUCUAUGUGUGUUUAGAAAGUUCGAAAUUCCCUUGAAAAGUAGGUGUACCUGUGACUUUUUGUAAAAGGGUAUCAUCAGAUGUUUAGAGAUGUUAAACCUGUCACCAUCGAGUUAUCGCAACGUUGAUGCGAGCGAACGAACAGUGAACACCAAGAAAAUAUACUCGCGACGGCCGUGGUACGCACCGAAAAUAGGACCACAAGAAAUAUUGAGGGCAGAUUACGAUUCGGACUACGAUCCAGACGAGAUCGAGGAACCACGAGAGAAACAGAACGCUGAUUACUAUGACCGACCACAGGAGUACGAGGACCCAGUGACGUCACGCCACGUGGAAGGCCUCAGCCAGCUCGAGACCGCUCCUCCAAAACCAAGCUUCGAGCAGUCACCGACUUCUGCGUCAGUCUCAGAGUUCUCAAUCGCGAAUGCUGUGAAUUUGAGAGAAGCAGUGUUGGUAGCGUUGGGUGGCGCGAGCGCAGCGUUAGUACUCUUGAUCGUGAUGGCGGGCGUGUUCGUAGCGCGCAGACGCAAGAACAGUCCCUCCCCAGUGCCAUCCCCACCGAUCCUAGUGUACCCACCGCACGAUAUUUCUGCACCGUGUUAUAUGACGAAAGAAGUGAACUUUUCGCUUCCUACGCUACGUUCGUCAUCGCUCGGGGAACUUCGUGACGUUGUCAGCGUCAGCAGCCUUGGAAGUGACGUGCUAUGUCCACCAGUGCCCCCGCAACUGCGAUCAAAUUCAUUCACGAACACUGCAGACCUUGGGGUGCUGGAUCCGUCACUGUACAAGUCCGACUGCUUGGAUGAAGACCUUAUGUGGCCUGAGGGCCAUGUGGGUCGAGUGUGGUUCACUCUGAAAUACGAGGCGGGGACAGAAAGGCUACAGGUGCAUAUUAUAAAAGCGAAGCACCUACCUUCACGCACCCCCGCACUGGCCAACGCGUGCGACCCUUAUAUCAAGAUUCAGUUGAUGCCAGAUGAGAGGCGAGUACUCCAGACGAAACAAAAGAAGAAGACUUGUAACCCUUUCUUUGAUGAGACAUUUGUUUAUCAAAUUCCACCAGGCAAGAUAGAGAGUCUCACGCUGAAGUUGUCAGUCCUGGACAUAGGCAGGGUUGGCAAGGGAAAGCAGCUGAUUGGCCACAUCAUUCUACCCUUGACAGAACUGGACGGCGUGGCGCCUGAUGAAGAACCACAGCUAUAUAAACUUGAUAUUGAAAAGGAUCUUCAAGAACCGACUUCAGAUCUAGGCGAGAUCCUCGUCUCGUUAUUGUACAAUGAAAACCUACACAGGCUCACGGUCACAGUGAUAGAAGCUCGAGGGCUCAAGUUGGAUCCAUCCUCAAGUAAGAAAGAGAUGGUGGUACGUGUGACGCAAGAGCGUGCGUGUCGAGGAGUGCGCGCGCGUCGUACUGCGGCGGUCGAGGUGGCAGACGAUGGCAGUGCUUUCGUCUCCGAGUGCUUCCACUUCAGGCUCAGAGCUGACGAGUUACACACCACCAGUGUCACGAUACAGGCCUUGCAGCCGCACUCCGUUUAUGCCAAAGACCGACUGCUCGGGAAGUUCGUGUUAGGAUCAUACAUGUUCGCUAGGGGGCGCGCCUUACAACACUGGAACUCAGCACUCGCCGCGCCCAUGGAACAGGUCAAACAAUGGCACCCGCUCACCAAUUAAUGACAACCCUGGCAAACAACGCACAACCGACGACCAUCGACCCCACCUAGCUGUGAGUGUAUUCUCAAUUCGGACGUAUUAUAACCCUAAGGAACGCAUUUAUCAAAUUGUUCCUUCCAACUGAUUUAUUCGUAAAUAAUUAUAAAUUCCUUUUUAUUUCCGCAAUGUACGAACGUACUUGUGUAUAGCAAUCUAAUUAGGUUAGAUAUUAUAAUAUCUAUUAUAAGUAUAAGAAAAUUGUGAAAAUAUUCUAUUUGAAUUGAAUAUCAUGGCAAGUAAUUUUGAAAUAUCUAUUAUAUUGAAUUAAGGCAUAUUUUUGUAACUCCAUUUUACACUAAAUUCCAAAUAUUUAUAGUACAUUCCUGUUUCUUGUCACGCCGAGUUGUAUAGAUCAUUUAAUUUGCUGUCCAAUGUAAUUUCAAACUAUCCUAUUUCAUCUUUUCAACAAUAAAAAUAGUGUUAUCUUUGAAAAUUUUCCAAAAUUCAUGUCUCAAAAACUUUCAC